UACCCGUUAUAGAGUCGGGUAAUCAUUUACCGUUUUUAAUCAACUGAUUUUCUUGUAAUUUCGCCCCCCAGGUGGGGCGGGGGCCUAAUGGGUGGGGUGUUAAACCCAAAUCCCGCCAAAAACCCUUACAGCACCAAACAUUCGAACAACAUAGACAACAAAGGGGAACAUGAUCCCCAGAAAGUGACAAGUAAAUGUCACUGCGUCCUUCACCCCGUUCCAACUUCAAAAGACCCCUUUACCUAUGGAACUUGAUGAUUCGAGACUCCACCAAUAAUGGGUUCUUCACAGAAACCUUAAAGAUGCACUCUAGCAUGCAACAAUCUGGUGUUCAUGGCAACAACUUCACCUACCCUUUACUCCUCAAGGCCUGUGCCAACCUCUCUUCCAUUCCCCAUGGGACAAUGCUUCAUGGGCAUGUCCUUAAACUUGGGUUCCAAGGUGACACCUUUGUUCAAACUGCUCUUGUUGACAUGUACUCGAAAUGCUCCAAUAUUACAUCUGCACGCCAGGUGUUUGAUGAAAUGCCGCAGAGAAGUGUUGUGUCGUGGAAUGCCAUGGUUUCGGCUUAUUCUCGUGGGUCUUGGAUGGACAAGGCAUUGAGCCUCUUGAAAGAAAUGUUGGUUCUUGGGUUUGAACCAAGUCCGUCGACAUUUGUUUCGAUUUUCUCUGGCUAUUCCAAUUUGGAUUCUUCUGGUUUCCUUUUGCAGGGGAUUUCAGUGCAUUGUUGCUUGGUCAAACUUGGGCUUGUGUGUUUUGAGGUCUCUCUGGCCAACUCACUGAUGGGUAUGUAUGCCCGGUUUCGACAAAUGGAUGAAGCAAGGAAGGUUUUCGACUUGAUGGAUGAAAAGUCAAUAAUCUCUUGGACAACUAUUAUGGGGGGUUAUGUGAAGGUUGGGGACAAUGUGGAAGCGUUUAAAUUAUUUAAUCAAAUGCAACAUCAAAGUAUCAGCAUAGACUUCAUUAUGUUUCUAACUCUUAUUUCUGGUUGUGUAGAAGUAGGACAGCCUUUGUUAGCUUCAUCUGUUCACUCUCUUGUAAUCAAAUGCGGGGUCUGUGAGGAUGAUUCCAUUGAACACUUGCUUAUACAUAUGUAUGCAAAAUGUGAUAACCUUACGUCUGCUAGAAGGAUUUUUGAUCUGACCGCUGGAAAGAACAUUUUAUCAUGGACAUCAAUGAUAGCAGGAUAUGCCCAAUCAGGUCAUCCGGCAGAAGCACUUGAUCUGUUUAGAAGGAUGGUAAGGACAGAUAUUAGACCGGAUGGAGCGACGCUUGCAACUGUUUUAUCAGCUUGUGCUGAUUUGGGAUCACUAAGCAAGGGACAAGAGAUUGAGGAGUACAUUUAUUUAUAUGGAUUGGACUUGGACCAACAAGUCCAAACGUCUCUCCUACACAUGUAUUCAAAAUGUGGAAGCAUCCAGAAAGCAAGAGAAGUAUUUGAUAGGGUGACAGAUAAAGAUUUAACCAUCUGGACUUCCAUGAUAAAUUGUUAUGCUAUCCAUGGGAUGGGGAAUGAGGCUAUCAACCUCUUUCACAAAAUGACAGUUGAAGAAAGGAUAAUGCCAGAUGCCAUUGUUUAUACUAGUAUUUUGCUGGCGUGUAGCCAUUCGGGAUUGGUAGAAGAUGGACUUAAGUUCUUCAAAAGUAUGCAUGAGGAUUUUGGAAUAGCUCCUACAGUGAAACAUUAUACUUGUUUGGCAGAUCUUCUCGGUCGAGUUGGCCAGCUCGACUUAGCUGUAGAUGCAAUUCAGGGGAUGCCACUGGAUGUUCAAGCUCAAGCUUGGAGUUGUUUGCUCAGUGCUUGUAGGAUCCAUGGCAAUGUUGAGCUGGGAGAGCUUGCAGCUGCUAAGUUAUCAGACCUGAGUCCAGGAAGCUCUGGAAGUUAUGUAUUAAUGGCUAAUUUGUAUACCUCUUUGGGCAAGUGGAAGGAGGCACAUAUUAUGAGAAAUUUGAUAGAUGGUAAAGAACUUGUGAAAGAAUGUGGCCGGAGCCAGGUCGAGGUCAAGGCGUAGAUCUCAUACGUUUGUUGCAGGAAAUCACUCACAUGUUGGAUUAGUCAAUAUCUAUAAGACAAUAGAAGAUCUUCAUUUUUCUCUGAAUUGUAUCUACAGCUAGGAAAUCGGAUUCUCUAAAAUUUGAAAGUUAGAAAGCAAGACCUGCAAUGCUAGCCCUAGAAGUGAAUACUCACUUCAUAGUUCGAAACUAUUUCUACACGCACUUGAUACUUCAAUUCAGUCACAGUUGACUAAUUAGCAAUGGCAUUUAUAGAAAUUCUAGCGUGCAAAAUAAAUAAAAAUGAGUU